AUGUUGGAUUGAGUUCCUUGGCGGACUCUUGGUAAUUUAUUGAAUCUGGUGGGUUUUCCUUAAUUUUGCUUUGUUGGAGACCAGUUUGGGAAGCACUGCUUCGUCGGUAUCGAAAAGGAAGAUUAAGGUGUGGUUUGCUGAGCUCGGCUCACGUUGAAACGCUCAUCAAACAUGGAGAAUGAAAUGAAAUACUUGGCCGUUGAUCGGGCAGCCAUUGCUGAUCCGGCGGCCCAAGCUAAAUGGACAGCGAAGAAGAUGGUGUGGAUUCCAGACGACGAACAUGGAUUUGCGGCUGCGAGCAUGAAAGAGGAUAAGAAAGACACUGUCGUGGUCGAAUUAGAAGGUGGAAAACGAAAAACUGUGAACAAAGAUGACAUUCAAAAAAUGAACCCACCCAAAUUUGAGAAAGUGGAAGACAUGGCUGACUUGACCUGUUUGAACGAAGCUAGCGUGUUGCACAAUCUGAAAGACAGAUACUACUCUGGACUUAUCUAUACUUACUCAGGUCUUUUCUGUGUCGUUGUGAACCCUUACAAACGCCUGCCUAUUUACACGGACAAAGUGGUGGACAUGUAUCGUGGAAGGAAGCGACACGAAGUACCGCCUCAUAUCUACGCUAUCACAGACAACGCGUAUCGAAGUAUGCUUCAAGACCGUGAAAACCAAUCAAUUCUCUGCACGGGAGAGUCAGGUGCUGGGAAAACAGAGAAUACUAAGAAAGUGAUCCAAUACUUGGCAACAGUGGCUGGUCACUCACACAGCAAAACAGCUCAGACUCCAAAAAAAUCUGGUUCAACUAGUUCAGCUGUUAGCACAAAGGUUGGAGUAUCUGGCAGCCAGGUGGAGUUGGAAAGGCAACUUCUUGCUGCUAAUCCCAUCUUGGAAGCUUUUGGAAAUGCAAAGACAGUAAAGAAUGACAACUCGUCACGUUUUGGAAAGUUCAUUAGAAUCAACUUUGAUGCUUCAGGAUUCAUUGCUGGUGCUAAUAUUGAAUCUUACCUUCUUGAGAAAUCACGUGCUGUACGACAAACGCCGAAUGAGAGGUCUUUUCACAUUUUCUACCAAGUCCUCAAUGGAUUGGACAAACAGAGCAAAGCGGACAUGCUUUUUCAGGACGCAAGCUCUUAUAAUUACUUGAGCAAUGGUAACUUACCAGUAAGUGGUUGGGAUGAUGCCGCAGACCUCCAGGAUUCUUUGACUUGUAUGAGAGAUAUGGGAAUUCCAGAGGAUGACAUUAAUGCCCUUUUCCGUGUAGUGUCUGCUGUUCUUCAGUUUGGCAACAUGGCUUUCAAGCAAGAGAGAAGUUCAGAACAAGCUAUGAUGCCAAGCAAUGAAGUUGCUCAGAAAGUUUGCCAUUUGCUUGGAAUUCCCGUUACGGAAUUUUCCAAGGCUGUGUUGAGACCAAGAGUGAAAGUUGGCCGUGACUAUGUACAGAAGGCUCAAACAAAAGCCCAAGCAGAGUUUGCUAUUGAGGCUGUUUCUAAGUCUCUCUAUGAAAGAAUGUUCAAGUGGAUUGUGUCAAGGAUAAACAAAUCCCUGGACAGAACCAAGCGAGAAGGAGCUUCAUUUAUUGGCAUCCUGGAUAUUGCGGGAUUUGAAAUCUUCCAGAUGAACUCUUUUGAACAGCUCUGCAUCAACUAUACCAAUGAAAAGCUGCAACAGCUUUUCAAUCACACAAUGUUUAUUCUGGAACAGGAAGAGUACAGGAAGGAAGGAAUAGAAUGGAAAUUCAUUGACUUUGGACUGGAUCUGCAACCAUGCAUUGAUUUGUUGGAGAAGCCAAUGGGAUUGAUGGCUCUGUUAGAUGAAGAAUGCUGGUUUCCAAAAGCCACAGACAAGUCAUUUGCGGACAAAGUUAUCAAGGAGCACAGUAAACACCAGAAAUUCAAGGUCCCAGAGUUUCGCUCUGAAGCUCAUUUCACAGUCAUCCAUUAUGCUGGCAAGGUUGACUACAACUGCAAUCAGUGGCUCAUGAAAAACAUGGAUCCACUCAACGACAACAUCAUAUCUUUGCUGCAGAAUUCCUCAGAUAAUUUUGUGGGUCUUCUAUGGAAAGAUUCAGAGAACAUUGUCAGCAUGAACGCAAACCAGAGUGAAACUCCGUUUGGUAGUAAAGUGCGCAAGGGAAUGUUCCGAACUGUCAGCCAGCUUUACAAGGAACAACUGGCCAAACUGAUGGUGGUUCUUCACAACACCAAUCCCAACUUUGUGCGGUGUAUUAUUCCAAAUCAUGAGAAAAAAGCUGGUAAGAUUCACGCGCAACUUGUACUGGACCAGCUAAGAUGUAACGGUGUCCUGGAAGGAAUUCGAAUCUGUCGACAGGGUUUCCCGAAUAGGAUGCCUUUUCAGGAAUUUAAACAGAGCUGGAGGUUCUUGAGCUGGACACGAAUUCUUAUCGUAUCGGCCAGUCCAAGAUCUUCUUCAGAGCUGGUGUGUUGGCGCACUUGGAGGAGGAACGUGAUCUGAAACUGACAGAGAUCAUCACUGUCUUCCAAGCGUACUGCCGUGGAAACAUCGCAAGAAGGCAAUAUAACAAGCGGGUUCAACAACUGAGCGCUAUUCGCGUUAUUCAACGAAACUGCCUCAGCUACCUUAAACUUCGCAACUGGCAGUGGUGGCGCCUGUUCACGAAGGUGAAGCCGCUGCUCAACGUGACCAGGACGGACGAAGCGCUUCGCGAAGCCCUUGACCUGAAGAAAGCGAACGAAGAGAAGUUGGAGAAGUCUGAAGCAGCGUACAACGAUCUGGAGAGGAAAUUCAGCCAGGUUUCUGAGGAAAAUGCCAUCAUGCAAGAACAGCUCGACAGAGAACGCGAUGCCUUCCAAGAGGCGGAUGACAUGCGUCAGAGGCUGCAGACCCGAAAGCAGGAGCUGGAAAACUUGUUGAACGAUCAGAUGGAGCGAUUCGACGAAGAGGAAGAGAAGGUUAUUGGUCUUACCGAAGAGAAGAAGAAAUUACUGAAGGAUAUUCAAGACUUGGAAGAUAGUUUGGAAGAGGAAGAAGCUGCCCGACAAAAGCUCCAGCUUGAUAAAGUCUCCGUUGAGGCCAAACUAAAGAAACAAGAGGAAGACCUGACUUUAAUGGAAGACUCCAAUUCUAAACUGACGAAAGAGAAGAAAUCCUUAGAAGACAAGUUACAGGAGACAAAUCAAGCUCUAGUCGACGAGGAAGAGAAAGCGAAGGGCCUGGCCAAACAGAAAGCUAAACACGAAGCCCUCAUUUCAGAUCUAGAAGAACGACUGCGAAAUACAGAAAAGGCUUUGCAAGAAAUGGAAAAAAUCCGCCGAAAGUUAGAGACUGAACUCGCCGAAGUCGACCACCAACUUGAAGAAGCCAAACAAACGAUCCAAGAUCUGGAGGCGACCAUUCACAAAAAAGACAUGGAAUUGAAUGACCUAAAUGCCAGGGCUGAUGAAGAAUCUGCGAAGAGAAGCGAGCUCGAGAAAACCAAACGAGAACUUGACAACCAGCUGGAAGAGUUGAGGGAGGACUUGGAGGCCGAAAAAAAUGCGAGGACAAAGGCUGAGAGGCAACGACGGGAACUCGGAGAGGAAUUGGAGUCUCUCAAGUCGGAACUCGAAGAAUCGAUCGACACCACUGCUGCUGCACAAGACAUGAGGAACAAACGAGAAGAAGAGCUGAUGAAACUUAAAAAGAGCGUGGACGAAGAAACUGUGGCACACGAGGCCGCCAUGGCACAACUUCGGCAGAAACAUACUCAAUUAGUGGAAGAACUGAACGAACAACUAGAGACAGUCAAAAAGGGCAGAGCUCAACUUGAAAGAGCUAAGGCGCAUUUAGAGGAAGGCAACACUCAACUGAAAACCGAAGUGGAGGAAUUAAGCAGUCGCAAGACUGAGGCUGAACGCAAAGUCAAAGUGUUGGAAAACCAAAUCGCUGAGGCGAACGGUAGGCUCACUGAUGAUGAGCGCCACGUCACUGAGCUACAAAGUGUUACAGUUAAAUUGCAGAAAGAGUUGGAUGCCGCAUCCGCUCUAGUGGAGGAACUUGAAUCCAAGUGUUCGAUUGCAGAGAGAACGGUGGCCACGCGUGACUCGCAACUCGCAGAAACACAGGAAUCUUUAUCAGAUGAAACCCGCCAAAAACUUUCACUUAGCAGUAAACUUAAAGAUUCUGAGACGGAAAUAAGUCGUCUGCAAGAUCAACUUGAUGACGAAGAGGACGCCAAGGUCGCGCUUCAGAAGACCCUCUCUCAAGUUCAAGCGCAAGUCGGAGAACAAAAGAAACUGGCGGAUGAUCGCUCUGCACUUCUCGAAGAGGCCGAUCAGUCCAAGAAGAAAAUGGCACGAGAACUCGAAACGCUACAACAACGUGUGGAUGAACUGAGCGCCACUAACAGCAAACUGGAGAAAACUAGGAAACGAUUGCAAGAUGAGGUCGACGAUGUGCAACUCAACUUGGAGAAGGAGAGGGCACAAGUCAGUGCACUAGAGAAGAAACAGAGGAAGUUUGAUCAGUUGCUCGCGGAAGAAAAAGCUGUUUCUGAGAAGAACGCUAUGGAAAGAGACAAUGCUGAACGAGACGCCAGACAGAAUGAAACAAAGGUUAUUUCUCUGACGCACGAACUAGAGGAGCUUCAGGAGAAGCUUGCUGAUGCUGAAAGAGUCCGCAAGAGUGCACAAAAUGAACUUGAGGCCAUGAUGGAAAGCAAAGAUGACUUCGGCAAGAACGUGCACGAGUUGGAGAAGGCCAAACGGUUAUUAGAUACACAACUAGAAGAGAAAAAACAACAGAUCGAAGAACUCGAGGACGAGCUGCAGAUCACCGAAGAUGCUAAACUGAGGAUGGAGGUGAACAUGCAAGCCGCCAAGGCUCAGUUCGAUAGAGAACUGGCCGCAAGGGACGAGCAGAACGAAGAGAAGAGGAAAGCGUUGCUCAAACAGCUCCGUGAACUUGAAAGCGAACUGGAUGAAGAGCGUAAGGGCAGAGUUAGCGCUGCUAAUGCCAAGAAGAAGAUCGAGAUGGACAUAGUUGAACUGGAAGAACAACUCGAAGCAACCAACCGUGUAAAGGAAGACGGCCUCCGUCAACUGAAGAAAUACCAACAGCAGGUGAAGGAUAUUCAGAGAGAUCUGGACGACGCACGGCAAGCGAGAGACGAGAUAUCUGAACAAGCCAAAGAAAACGAGAGGAAAGCUAAGCAGCUGGAGGCUGAUUACGUACAAAUGCAAGAGGAUCUUGCUGCUGCCGAACGAGCCAGAAAGAGUUUAGAGUCGGAAAGAGACGAAUUGGCAGAAGAACUUGCGACUGUAACUCAUAGCAGGGGCUUAAGUGCUGAUGAGAAGCGCAAACAAGAUGCCCGCAUCGCUCAAAUGGAAGAGGAAAUCGAGGAGGAAAGAACACAGAACGAAUUGCUGUUGGAGAAAUGCAAGCGGGCAAAUAUGCAGAUGGAACAAUUCCAGACAGACUUGAACUCUGAGCGAGCUGCACUACAGAAGAUGGAGAGCGCUAAGCUGACACUAGAGAAGCAGAACAAGGACAUGAAGGUCAAAUUAGUGGAGCUUGAAAGCCAGACGCGUGCGCGCAAUAGGAUGACCGUACAAGCACUAGAGAACAAAUUAGCAACAUUGCAAGAACAACUUGAUGCCGAGGCCAAGGAGCGUCAAACCUUGGGAAAGAACAACCGCAAGCUCGAUAAGAAGUACAAAGAGGCAAUUUUGCAAGCAGAGGAGGAGAGACGGCAUGCGGACCAAUAUAAAGAACAGAUGGAAAAAGUAAACGCCCGCGUGAAGACCUUGAAGCGCUCUGUAGAUGAGGCAGAGGAAGAGAAUACACGGCUGAAUGCUUCCAAACGCAAAAUACAACGAGAAUUGGAUGACUACAUUGAAGCGAACGAGGAAUUGACUCGCGAAGUACAAAGUCUCAGAAAUAGGCUGCGGGGCCGCGGUGGUGGUACAGGUCGUACUGGAUUCACCACUCCUCCAGAGCCAAGAAGAAAGACGACCCGCGCAGAUAGGUCCGCCGAUGGAGGGGAUGGCGAUAUGACACCUGAACCCGACGCAGAAUCAUAGAAUCCACCCUUUCCCCCCCCUCCCCCCACCGCCACUAAUUCACCUAGCUUCAAAUGUCUCUCUUUCGUUCUUUAGUUUCUCUCCAAUUGUCGUGACUGGUUCUUUGUAAUUUAAAAUUUGGUUUCAGUUGGGUAGAUUUUUUAAGGAUUAGAUUUUUCUUUGUGAAAUAGUUCGAUAUCAGCUUUCGUAGUACAAUAACUGGUAGUACACAUUACGGUGAGUUUAGAGUAUAUAAGUCGCCUCAAAAUAUAAUUCGCAUAUCAAGCGAAUGAAACUGUGUGUUCUCGGUCGUAUCACAAAAUCUCCUCAGUCAAUAUUUUUGUGUCUUUUGUCAGUCUUUCUUUACAGUGAUUUCUAUCGAGCUCGUCACCUCAGACUUGAGAAAAUUGCUAUUACAGAAAGAUAAACAUGUAGAGUUUUUCAGACUAAAUUAAAAAGAAAAAACUGAGAACCUAUUUUCAAUGAAAUUUAAAACAGAGCUUUAUCUUAGUAAUCGCGUGAAGGAUAAGAGAACCGGGGUAGUGGUACUAAGUAGAGUGGGAGACUGGUAAUGAUCUAUAUUAUCGUACAAUUCAAAGAUUUGUGGAAUGCAUUUGUGGGGAAAACCAGACCUGAUAAUGCAGUAGAAUGGUAUAGUAGUUUUUCAUGAGAUUAUGGUGCACGGAGUUUUGAUAUGUACAGUCCUAAUGAUAGUAACUCUCAUUUCUGGUGGGUCGCGAGUGUUCCGCAGCAUUAGUGUUGCGCGACCAAGCUCAUCGAUGCUGCGAACGAAACUAGUCACUGAGAAGAUCUACCUUUUGACUGUGUGGACAUUUAUAUUUGUGACAUUCCUACUAGUCGGUUAGUUACUUAAAUAAAAAGUUGAAGUCUGUUGAGGGUUUGUCACGUUUACAGCAGUUUGCAAGGCUUGUCACUCAACUCCAAAGUUAUGCUGUGACGGAGAAAUCCAAAACAGACUCAGUGAGGCCCCUGAGAUAAACGCCCUAAAGUUAUCGAUAAUUUCUAUUUUAUAAGCUGCCAAUGUAUGGUGAUUAGAAUAAAAAUUUUGUUGAAGUA